AUGAGUGCGAGAGAAGCUCCUCAUUUUUAUGAGGCGGAAGAGCAUAUGCUGGAGCCUGCUAUUAGGCUACCGCUUGUUGAUGCACUCCGGAGACUAUCUUCAAAACAGGAUACGCAUUGUGGAUUUUUUGAAUCACAGUAUUACCAUUGUUUGGAAGCUUUCGGUCAAAAACUAGGCAGGAAAUACUGCGAUUUGGAACGACGUGAUUUCAAUGAAUGCAUCACAAACUAUAAACAGAAGAAACGAGCUGAGUGGAUGAGAAUGCAGUAUAAAUUACACUGGGAUGAAAAAAAGCAUGGUCCACGACCGAAAGGUGUGAAAAUUGGAGAAUGCUAUCCAGAUUAUUUCUCGCAUAAUCCACCGCAUAUAAUUAUUUGA